AUGGACGCUGUUCUGCGCCAGUCCAAGGCCAUGUGCCCCUUCCUCAAGAAGGCAUCGCCCUCUACUCUGCGUGCUCUGUCUACUUCAACUCGCCCCCAGGCCUCGCCCUGCGGUGGUACCAUCUCCAAGCUGCAGAUGCUCGGCCAGCGCUGUCCCAUCAUGGGCAAGGCACUCGCUGUGCAGUCUGCUCGCUCGGGUAUGGCCGGCGCCGCUGUCGCUGGUGUGCGCGCCUUCUCCGGUCAACACAAGACCGGAAGGGCCAAGAUCCACACCAGCCGCUCCCACGAGGCCAGGGCUAUGGAGGGCGUGCUGAAACCCCGAGAUGGUAAGUACUGGGAUGUUCUGCAUUUAUACCGGCCCCCGGCGAACAAGUUUGACUACGAUGGCUUCUACGAGGGCGAACUCGAGAAAAAGCACAAGGACAAGUCCUACCGAUACUUCAACAACAUCAAUCGUAUGGCCAAGAACUUCCCUGAGGCCCACCUGGCCAGCAAGGAGGAGCGGGUGACAGUUUGGUGCGCCAACGACUACUUGGGUAUGGGGACGAAUAAGCAUGUCAUCAGCACGAUGCAGCAGACUCUGGACGAGUACGGCUGUGGCGCCGGUGGUACGAGAAACAUUUCGGGCCACAAUAAGCAUGCCGUCGAGCUGGAGGCAGCACUCUCGAAACUGCAUGCUAAGGAGGCCGCUCUUGUCUUUACCUCUUGUUAUGUGGCCAACGAUGCCACGUUAGCAACCCUCGGCAGCAAGAUGCCAGACUGCGUCAUCUUGUCUGACAGUCUCAACCACGCCUCUAUGAUUCAGGGAAUUCGCCACUCUGGAACGAAGAAGGUUGUUUUUAAGCAUAAUGAUCUGGCCGAUCUGGAGGAGAAGCUGGCCGCUCUGCCUCUGCAUGUCCCUAAGAUCAUUGCUUUCGAAUCCGUCUACAGUAUGUGCGGCUCGAUUGGCCCGAUUGAGGGUAUCUGCGACCUAGCAGAGAAGUAUGGCGCCGUCACAUUCCUGGAUGAAGUCCAUGCUGUCGGCAUGUAUGGCCCCAGCGGCGCUGGUGUAGCGGAGCACCUUGAUUUUGAAGCGCACCAACAGGGUCGUCCCGAAGGAACCAUCAUGGACCGCAUUGAUAUUAUUACUGGAACAUUGGGCAAGGCUUACGGCUGUGUUGGUGGCUACAUUGCUGGAAAGGCUAGCCUGAUUGAUAUGAUACGCUCUCUUGCUCCUGGUUUCAUCUUUACCACCUCGCUUCCGCCAGCUAUCAUGGCCGGUGCAACGGCCUCCAUUGAGUACCAGAUGGAGCACAAGGGAGACCGCUUUCUCCAACAAAUGCACACGCGUGCCGUGAAGGAGGAGCUCGAAUCUCGCGAUAUCCCAGUGAUGCCCAACCCCUCGCACAUCAUUCCAGUUCUGGUUGGAAGUGCCGAGCUUGCCAGGCAGGCGUCAGACAUGUUACUGCAGGACCACCAGAUUUACGUGCAGGCCAUAAACUACCCUACCGUGCCCAGGGGCGAGGAGCGCUUGAGAAUUACGCCAACUCCUGGACACACGAAGCCUUACCGCGAUCACCUGGUCAACGCCCUCGAAAACGUCUGGUCCAAGCUGGGUCUUAAACGGACCUCAGAAUGGGCCGCUCAAGGCGGCUUCGUUGGCGUAGGUGUCAAGGAUGGCCAUGUUGAGCCUCCCAUGUGGACUGAUGAGCAGUUGGGCAUCGACAAGCAAGUUGUCCAGGAGAUCAAGGCCAACAAGCCUGCUGACAAGAACUUCACCGAGCUGAUUCUCGAGCGCGAGAACCUUGGUCGAACCGCGAGCGCGACUGCUUAG